UGCUGCUUCCAUGGAGGUGCCCUGGUUGCUGCUGGCCUCUGCUGUGCUCCUGCCCUCCUGCAGGGCCACCAACCCCCUGCCCGUCCUUUCCCCGCCACUGACCAUGGUGGUGUCAGGGCAGCAGCGGCGGCUGGUGGUGUGUGUGGUGAGCGAGCUGCCCGCAAGCUCCGGCCAUGCCGUCUGGAUCUCCAGUGGGAAUAGCAGUGCUUUGCAGUCCUUUGCCUACGGGGCUUCACAGGAGGAGGGUGGCACCGUCUGUGCAGUUUCCAUCCUCCCUGACAGUCCCAUGGAGCAGGAGCUCCUGGCGUGCCAUGUUGGGCCCAACAGCAGCGCUCCAGCCCAUAGCUCCAACCUCAUCCCAGUUGCAGGCAGCGAUGAGGAGGCAGAGCUGUGUCCCAGAACCCCCGAGGAGCCCCGCGCCUGUGCUGCCGUAGCCCUGCUGGUGGCCGCGCGGGUGGUGCUGCUGAAGGCAGCGCUCCUCGACGCCCUGCUCACCGCCCUGCUCCUGGCCCGGCGCUGAGGGACCAGGCCGGGCAGGGAGGAGUCCCCCGGAACGAGGGGCAGACCCAGUAUGGGUGAAGGUGUGGGAGCGGAGCGGAGAG